UGCUCGUCCUCGGAAUCAAUGUUAGACUCUCACAUGGCUUUCCAUGAGGCUUUUGACCGCGAUACGGCCAGCGAGUGACGUAUGCGACUCUCAGCUGGAACAUGUCGCAUACCCGAGAGCCUGAAGUUGGGUAGUUUGCGGGCAGACACAAUGUCAAUCAAGGCCAUCUUCUACAGCAAGUUUGAUCCUCAGGAAGGCCCCAAGAUCCUUCACCAAGUGCCCGAGGACUCGAUUCUGACGACCUCCGAACUUGCCGCCUCCAAUGGCCCUACCUCGACCUCUUCAUCAACUCCCCUCCUGUCCUUCUCUACCAUAUCGCGCUUCUUGAUCCCUCGCCAGUCUCUGUGUGGAAACCUGAUAUCGUUGUCGCCGCCUCCUCUCACACCCAACACACCACCUACGUUGGUCCUAUCUCAUCCUAUUUGUUUGACAUCUCCACACUAUCCACGGAAUGAAUUUAUUUUCAAUUUUGCCCUGGUGUUGGGCGACCCCUCUACUACAGAUGUUACGUCUUACAAGUCCGUCGUCAAGAAAUUGGCACACUUGAUGCGCAGUCUCGAAGAGCAGUCAAGGUUUCUGAGUGAUGAUACUGCACCACCGAAUUCCGGCAAGAUAUACAGUCUGUGCGAAAUGCUGAUGGAAGAUUUGAAUAACUACUGUGAAUGUAUGAUACCCAUCGACGAAUUGAACACCCUGAACAUCAAGCUAUUUCCCACUUUGCCAAACCCUGCCAGUGUAAUGCCAUGGCACGUACCCUUGUUCACGGUGAGGAUUGAGACAAUGGUAGACGAGAACUGGGACUUGACCCUGCUCCGAAUAAUACCAUAUAUCAACGGAGUCAACAGCGUCAAAAGAAUCGCCAUGCUGGCAGACGCCGAUGUCAAACUCACCAAGAAAUGCAUCAAACAUCUAUUGUUCUACGGAUGUGUUCUACUCCUCGACAUAUUCGGCUUCAACGCAAUCUACGCGCCGACAGCUGAAUUCUCCAACAUGAUCACCAAGGAUGUUGAGAUGCAGAAAGAAUGUGCUCGAUAUGUCAACACAGCAUUUGCUCCUUCCGCACAAGAAGAAGCCAUUAUCGACAGUGCGACCGACCGAAGGACAAGCGGACUCACAUUGGCAACUUUGCAAGACGAGGACAUCUGGCCACUGACGGGCAAGGGUGAUCCAAUUGAUGGAGUGGGAAUUGUUCAGCUGUUCGCCAAUCUGAGGCAAGGUCAGACCGUACGAGAAUGGUACGCCCAGAACACCAACAUGCUCGCCAAUAUCGACAUGCGCCGAUUUAUCACCUUCGGGGUCAUAAAAGGGUUUUUGUAUCGUGUGCAUCGAUACGCCAUCAGGACGAAUAAGGCCACUGCAACACAUGGUUACCAUGCUGAGAACGGUACCGAGCAGCUCACAAAGAGCAUGUCGAGCGAACGAAACCUGACUGAGGAGUCGUCUCGGGGCAAGAAGAAGCAUUUUCGAGAUGCGUCUGGGAAGGGCGACAGUGAUCGUCAUCUUAACGCGAGGAUUAUCGAGUUUCUCGACGGGAGCCAUUGCUUUGAUGAGAUUUGCACCGAGCUCGAAAUCAGUGAAAAGGAAUUGAUCGACCGGCUGAAGAGUCGAGAUAUCGGUGAGGCAGUCAUAAUCUGCAGGUAGCAGUAAUCAUCCGUGUCGCAGUUCCCUCUGUAGAGGAUCUGCCUUGAAGAUGACCGCCGAUACAGAACUCGAGACGUUUCGACGCCGUGAAGGGGGGAAACUUUCGUUGGACCAUGCCUAAAAGGGCCUCGAAAGACGUCAUUUUAGGCGUCCUAAACUAGACAUUUCAUAUACUGUGUAUGCGAAAUUUUGACCUAAUUUGACGCGCGAGCGUCGCAGGGGAGGAUGGCCGAGUGGUUUAAGGCGGCAGAUUUAAGUCAUUAUAUUGCUUAAAAUCCUCUGCUUUCCGUAAGGAAGCGUGGGUUCGAACCCCACUCCUCUCAUUUACCGUUUUCGGUCUUCUUUUUUUCGUUUUUUUCGGUAUGGU